GCAGAGCAUUGUGUCCCUCCUGGAGAGGGUCAUGUUGUGAGGACCAGGAAGUGACAGCACGAGAGGGCAGUAGAUAACUUCCGCCCUUACACAGACACACCGAGCUGAGGAGGAUUCAGAGGAGACGGAGUGAUUUCACUGUUUAUACCAGCUCAGACAUCCAAAAUCCAUGUAUUCUCCAGUCAUCUUUUGUGUGUCUAAAUUGUUGUCUUGGAAACCAUGGAUUACUGGGAGGCAGCUGAAGUUCCUGAAGCCAUGGACUGGCGGUGCAUUGUCCCAGAGCACAGGAGCAAAGGAUUCUUCCUUUGAUUUACUAAAACUCGAUGAGAAAGAAUUGGAAGAACAGUUUGUUAGAGGACAUGGCCCAGGAGGACAAGCUACUAAUAAAACCAGUAACUGUGUAGUGCUAAAGCAUAUUCCUUCUGGUAUUGUAGUAAAGUGUCACCAAACCAGAUCAGUGGAGAUCAACAGGAUAAGAGCAAGAAGAAUUCUUCAAGGAAAAAUUGAUGUUUUCUAUAAAGGAGAAAGUAGUGAUAUCCACAAGCACAAAGAAGAGGCAGAAAGAAAAAAACAAGAAAAAAGGAAAAAAGCCAAGGACAAUUUAGAAAAGAAAAAACAUUUCAAAGAGAUGCAGCACUUAGAAAGCAAGGAAUAAUAGAUCUUGUAACCACAGGUGUGCAUAUAAUGAAUGGACUGGUCUCCCACAACAUGAGAUCUCUGUCUUGUGUAAAAACUUUGAUUACUGUUGCAGAUCAUACUUUGAUCUAAUACAGAGACACCUAUUUUAAGGUGGUUAGAAAGAAUAUGUUUAUUGAAAAGAUAGUGGGGGGUUUUUGGCCCAGGUAUUUCUGUUAGAGAGAAGUGAAAAUAGUGAAAUAUCAUUGGAAUGCCAUUACUGUAAAAGUAUCUUAAAGCCCAUACACACUAGACGAGAAAGUAAAAGAUCUCGCUCAGAAGGGCCAAUCUGAGCGAGAUCUUUUACAAUCUUGUCUAGUGUGUACACUCAAUGUUGCGCAUCGUUAACAAAUGCCCUCCCUCGUCUGAACAUGUACAGAUGAGGGAGGUCCUCGUUAACAACGGCCAUGCUAAAGAUAGAGCAUGGCCGUCGCUCCCUUCCCCGACGGCAUCGGCAAGUGUGUAUACACUUGCCGAUGCUGGCAACCCGCCGCAGCCAAUAUCUAUAUUAUAUAUAUCUAUAUAUAUACUGGCUUACUCCAUAUUAUAUUGGUGCUCUCCUAAAAGAGUGUACUGUAUUUAGUUUGUUUUUUGUGUUUUUUCUUAUAAACCGUUUUAAUAAAUAUAUUUAAAUAUAA